AUGAAAAUGUUGGACGUAGAAGACGACAGCUUUCACGUCAAAAGUGAAAGCUACUCUCAUCUGAGUGACUCAGAAUGGGACGUAGUCGGCGCCAUGAGUGUGCCCAUGGGCGAACCGGCCAUCAGUGGCAUGUUGGCGUCUCUAAGCAGAGACCAGCAACAUGCUGCUGUCAACAAGUUCUUACAAGGGGAACUUGCCGUCGAACGACAGAAGAUAUUUUUGCUACAACAGCAAGGCUCUCAUCAGUCGAUGGGAGGGCCGACGCACAUGCGUCGACCCGAAAACUUGAAGAUCGAUAUCUUAAGGUACAAGGAAACCGGUGAAGAUUCCCUAUUGAGAUGGUUCGUUGAGUAA